AUGCACGCGUCCGUGAUUCUCGGCGCUGGCCUCGCCAUCCGUGCCGCCUCUGCCGUUGCCGUCCCUGCUCCCAGCGAGCCUCCCGUCCUGCGUCGCGACUACGACAACGACGACGACCUCCCUGCCGCUCCCUGGGUAACCAUCGACGACAACGGCAAUCCCAGCAAGACGUUUACUCCCGUAUUCACCACCAUCAGCGGCACCCCGUCGGGCAUCGACACGGCGCCUCACGACCUCACGGCCUCGGUGUACACUCUGACCAGCUACGGGCACGUUUCCACCAGCACCGGCCUGCCGCCCAACCCGACUCCGACCAAUGCCGGCACCAACCAGGGCUCCUUUUCGCGAUGCUACAACAAGAACGGGCCGUAUGCGCCAUUCUGCCGCCCGUCGUACAAUUCCAGCAUUUACACCGGCAACACUUAUUACACAGCCACCCUCAACUCGACCUACUUCGUCAGCGUCCGCCUCGACUACCUCAACACCACCAGUAACGAGUACGUGCUUCUCGAGACGAUCGACAAGAGCGUCCCUGCGAAAUGGGGCUACUUCCCGUUUGCCGUGGACGGCAAAUACCUCAAGGGCCAGAAGCACACCAACAACGUCACCAUCACCCUCAUGGGCCACGACACGGAAAACAGCAUCGCCUACAACAACAAGUCCAUCCCGCUGCCGGUCGUGGUCUCUGGCCCGCCUCUGGACCCUACGGCGCCCAGCAACGCCCCCAAGGGCAAGACCCUCACCAUCGCUCUACCCGUGACCUUGGGCGUCAUCGCCCUCAUCCUUGUCGGCGGGUGCCUCUGGAACCGCAAGACGCGGCGCAUUGAGCUCGGCAAUAUUAUGAGCCGCUCUCGCCACGGAUACACCGGCCACAGGACGCGGAAGCUCUUCAACCGCGGUCGCAAGGACAACGGCAUCCAGCUUGAUACCGCGCCGCUUUCGCCCCCGCCAUUUGACUACCGCGAUGAUUUUCCCGAGAGACCUAGACGCGAUAGCGAAGCUCUAGGCAGCCUGACUGGAAGCCCCGUCCGUGGAACCUUUGAAGAGCCUGGCAGCACCGGGGGACGAAAUACGUUCCGUGACGAGGUCAGACGGCAGGAGCGUGAGAGACGGGGCGACUUUUAG